GUCUCUGGUUUUGAAAGAAGUUGUAGGAUCACAGGAGCCAGUGGUUGGACUCUCUCUGGAUUACAUACUGACCAUCACUUGGAAGACUUAGCCUACUCGCAUAUUAACAGUUUGGGGUUUCACCGAGGACACAAAUUCACUAUUCUGAUCCUGAGUUCGUCCAAUAUUUGUCUCAUCCAACAUGACCAUGAUGGAGUCUAGUUUCCCUUUACCACCAGAGGAUUUCUGUCCACUGUGUGUGGACGAGCCGAGAGACCCGGUCACCAUCCCCUGUGGUGACACCUACUGCCUGGAGUGCAUCAAGAUCUACUGGGACCAGUUUGACCACAUGGGUGUGUACAGCUGCCCACAGUGCCGCGCAACCUUCACGCCACGGCCCGUGCUGAGACGUAAUCUGCCCGACGUAAACCACGAGCCACGGCGCCAGCUCCCGGAGCUCACUCCGUUCCCCGACAUGCACCGGGAAUCCUUCUGCGACUUCUGCGUCGGCCGUCGCAACAAGGCUGUUAAGUCGUGCCUCAUGUGCCUGGCCUACUACUGCGAAACGCACGUCAAACCACAUUACGAGUCGUCCACCUUCAAGAGACACAAGCUGGUGGAUGAGACGGGCCACCUGGACAGGAAGAUCUGCCCCCAGCAUGAGAAGGGCCUGGAGCUGUUCUGUCGCUCUGACCAGAUGUGUAUCUGCGUGCUGUGUACUGUCAGAGAGCACCGCGGACACAACAUUACCUCCGCAGAAGAAGAGCGCGUCGAAAAACAAAAAGUCCUGGUGGUCACCCAGUCUGAGGUCCAGCAUAUCAUUCAGGAGAGGAUGAAGGAGCUGCAGGAGCUCAAACAUAAUGUGGAUGUUCUCAAAAGUAAUGCCCAGCGAGCACAGGCAGAAAGUGAUAAGACCUUCCACGAAAUGCUGCAGGCGGUGGAGCGCUGGAAGGCUGAAAUCCAUCAGAUGAUAAUGGCCAACAUGCAGUCGGCGAUGUCGCAGGCUGAGGGCUACGUGGACCGUCUGGAGCAGGAGAUACACGAGCUACAGCGCAGAGACGCAGAGCUACGGCAGAUCCUCGAAACAGAGGACAACAUUCACUUUCUGCAGAAUUUUCCAACCCUGUGCGUUCCUCCUGAGGCCAUGGUGCCCAAAGUGCUCAUCAACCCUCAGUUCUCCUUCGGAGAGAUGAGCAAGACAGCCACCGAGAUGAAGGAACAUGUGGACGACAUCUGUAAGACGGAACUGAGCAAAAUCUCCAAGACAGUUAGUGAAACCCCCGUGUACAUACUUCUGCCGAGAAAUGGAGACAAACGACUCAAAGUUCCUUCCAGACUUGAUUUUCAGGAGCCAAAAACCAGAGUGGACUUCUUAAGAUACUCCUGCAAGAUGUCCUUCGAUCCAAACACAGUCUAUAAAGAGCUGGUCCUGUCGGACGGGAACCAGAAGGUCACGCGGAAGAAAACGGUCCAGUUUCACCCAGAUCAUCCGGAACGCUUCGAUGGCUUCUCCCAGGUGCUGUGCAAGGAGCCUCUGACCGGUUUCAGAUUUUACUGGGAGGCAGAGUGGAGCGGGGAGUUUUCCAUCGGGGUGGCCUACAAGAGCAUCAGUCGCAAGGGGAAGAAUUCACACAGCCUGCUGGGCUACAACGACAAGUCUUGGAGUCUCCUCUGCUCCGACUCAGGCUACUCUGCCUGGAACAACAAGGUAGACAGAGACCUUCCUGAAGCUCCCAGAGCCACACGAAUUGGUGUGUACCUGGAUUAUGCGGGCAACACGGUGGCCUAUUACUCAAUAUCAGAGAAUAUGGAGCUUAUCCACAGAUUCAAAGCUCAGUUCAGUGAGCCUUUGUAUGCUGGUUUUGGUGUGGGCUCCUCUGUUACCCUCUGCAAGCUGAAACAGAAUACCACUCCUUACUGAGAUGUAUUGUGAAGAGUAUAGACUCACAGGUACUGUUAAAUACUCACUGAACAGUACAAUGUAAAGUUAUUAUCUGCUCAUGCUUUCAUGUUGCUGUGACCACACACUGCAUGUAUGUUCCUGUAAUGUACGCUGAUAAUGUCUCACUGAAUUUAAUUUCGAGGCCAUUAUUUUAGAUACAUAUGCCGACAUGUUUAGUUCAUGCAAGUUCAUGCAAGUUUCACCGCAAGUAACAGUGCAAUCCUCUAAUGCUAAUAACAGAAGGCCUAUAUUCAACUCUGAUGCUUAGAUAGAUAGAUGACAAAAAUAUACAUGCAGUGCGUGCAUGUUUGUGUGCACAGUAAAAAGAAAAAUCGACAUGCCGUACAUUUUAAAGUUCUUAUUGUCUUACAGAGAACAACUUUCACAGUUAAGGUGGGAAGCGAUGACACAAAACACCAAAAACACCUUGAUAACAAUUUAUAAUAAAUCAACAUAAGGACAUAUAUUAAUUACUGUAAAUAUCACAUCAUAUACUGAUUCAUAUUUAGAAACAUAAUCUAAACCAAGUCAUUAGAUAUGAUCAUUUUAAAGGGUGGGCCCAUCUGCUAUAUCUGUUCUUCGUUUUUUGUUUUUUUUAAAUGGAAAUGCCCAUUCAGCCACAGUGACGUCGGAGGUUACCAAAGAGAGCUAAUUGAAAGCUAAUCGUUGCUAGUACUAGCUGAGUCAAAGUUAGAUGUGCUGUAUACUCCAGCGUUCUGCAAGGUAAAAUUACUGCUUUUGUGAAUGUAGUCUGGUGGCUUUGAAGAGAGCGAUAUGAUGGCUUCAGUUCUGAUAGCGAGGUAAAGCAGGUGUGGAUGGGAGACACACAGCCGCCAUCAGACAGCCUUUUCCGACGGGGAAGUGAAGCCUUUAUAUUAUGUAAUUAUUGUUAUGGAUGAAUGGAAGAGUAACUGUCAAUCUCAGACUGUAAAUGUUCAAGUCAAUGUCACAAACAAAUACUGUAUAAUGCAAAACACAUAAAUGAUUAAUAGUCUUAUUUAUUUCUCUUAAAUUACAUUAUCAGAAGCCCAAUUGUUAAUUUGUAAGAUAGUAUUCAUUCUGCACCAUGCAUCGUGUAUUUUAUUAUCUUAAGAAUCUGAAAUAAAAUACCAUAAACCUUU